ACCGUCCAACCAACCUUAUCUCAUCCCCUACCGUACUCCUCUCCACAGCCACAGCUGCGCCUUCUUCUCCGUCCGAGCUCAGCCGCUCUCUUCCUCUCCGAUUCGUGCUCGUCCAGCUCUGGUGGGUAGUGGUAGACGGCCGGCGACGGGGUGGCUCUGCUACUGGAACACCUUGUGUUCUCAAGCUUAAUGAGUGCGAGGGAGUCUUGCUAAGAGUAUAUCGCCAUGGCAUCUCCUGCUUCCGUCACAAACCUCGGAAGCAAUGGGAGGCCUGGCGUGCUUCCAGCGGCUGUUGCAAGGAGGGCGCACCUGGUCACAAGGAUCAGUUUCACUGGGUUUGACGGCAUUCGGCGCUGGCAUUACGAGCCUGGGAGGCUAUGCAAGUGCAUGGUCAUUACUAAUCUGAUUGAGGAGAAGGGUGUUCAGUUCUCAUCAAGAGGGAGUGUCAGUGUGAAAGCUGAUGAUGACAAUGAUCUGCUUCUGAAGCCGCCGCAGAAGCCAGUCCCGCCACAGAAACCAGUCCGUCCAAAUGGGCCACUAGAGGGCAUGAAAACGGCAUCACUGCCUGAUCGGAAGCCAGCAGGAGCAACUUUAGAUGACAGAGAGAAGGUCAGGGAGUCGUUGGAUGCUGUAUUGGAGAAGGCAGAAAAGCUUGAGGUCUCGAGCUCUGGAAAUGGAGAUGGUGGAAAUGCCAUGUCCAAGCAGAAUGAUGUUUCGAUGGGCAAUGGUCCAGGGGCAACAGCAGUGGAGGAGGGUGGAAAUUCAAGGAAGACAAAAACACUGAAGAGUGUAUGGCGAAAGGGGAACCCCGUACCGACUGUACGUAAGGUGAUUAGAGAGCAACCACGAACAGAAAGUAGGAAUCAGUCUGUACCUGCCGCUAAACCUCCAGUGUCAUCUCCAUCCAAACCAGUGCCUCCGCUACUAUCAAAGCCUUCUGUAGCACCGCCACCUCGUCGGCCUGUCAAGUCUGAUACAUCAAAGGACAAAAAGGGACCUAUCCUGAUAGAUAAAUUUGCUUCCAAGAGGGCAACGAUUGAUCCAGUUGUUCCUGAGGAAUUGUUAGAUCCACUAAAGCCAGUACGAGGACCGUCAGCAAAAGUCAGAGUUGAUCGUCGCAAAAAACCGGAAACACAAGCUGGUUCCCGCCGACGUAUGACCAACGAUGAUGGAUUAGUUGAUGAGGAUACUGCUGAUGUGCCGAUUUCUGGUGUUCCAGUGCGCAAGGGUAGAAGGUGGAGCAAGGCCAAACGUCGGGCUGCAAGGCUUGAGGCUAUGCAAGCUGAAGAGCCAGUCAGAGUUGAGAUCCUUGAAGUAGGUGAAGAAGGUAUGCUGAUAGAGGACUUGGCAUAUGAAUUGGCAGUUAGUGAAUCAGAAAUUUUGCGCUUCUUAUCUGUGAGAGGAGCUAUGCUUGAUAAUGUUCAGACUCUGGAUAAAGAUUUGGUUAAGAUGGUUUGCAUGGAAUAUGAUGUUGAAGUACUAGAAAGUGGUCCCACGAAAGUGGAGGAAAUGGCAAAGAAAAAGGAGUUCCUUGAUGAGGAAGAUUUAGAUAAAUUGGAAGCGAGACCUCCCAUUGUGACUAUCAUGGGGCAUGUUGAUCAUGGGAAGACAACUUUGUUGGACUAUAUACGCAAGAGCAAGGUGGUGGCAUCUGAAGCUGGUGGUAUAACACAAGGGAUUGGAGCAUAUCAAGUUCUUGUACCAGUUGAUGGAAACCCUCAAGCCUGUAUUUUUCUGGAUACUCCAGGCCAUGAGGCUUUUGGUGCAAUGAGAGCUCGAGGAGCUAGAGUAACUGAUAUUUGUAUCAUUGUUGUGGCUGGGGAUGAUGGCGUUCAGCCACAAACAAGUGAGGCUAUUGCGCAUGCAAGGGCAGCCGGAGUACCUAUUAUAAUAGCAAUAAACAAGAUAGACAAGGAGGGAGCUAAUCCAGAACGAGUCAUGCAAGAGCUUUCCCAAAUUGGACUUAUGCCGGAGAUGUGGGGUGGUGAUACCCCAAUGAUUCAGAUAAGUGCUCUUACUGGAGACAAUGUUGAUGAACUUUUGGAGACUGUCAUGCUUGUUGCUGAGUUGCAAGAAUUAAAGGCCAAUCCCCAUAGAAAUGCAAAGGGCACUGUUAUUGAAGCAUGUCUUGACAAGGCCAAAGGGCCUCUUGCCACCUUAGUUGUUCAGAAUGGAACGUUAAACAAGGCUGAUAUUAUUGUGUGUGGUGAAGCUUUUGGAAAGAUCCGCGCGAUGUAUGAUGACCGUGGUAAGCUUGUUGACAAAGCAGGACCAUCGAACGCUGUGCAGGUUAUUGGCCUGAAUAAUGUUCCCCUUGCUGGUGAUGAAUUUGAGGUUGUUGACAACCUUGAUGUUGCACGUGAAAGGGCGAAUGAGCGUGCUGGAACACUGCGCAUAGAAAGGAUAUCUGCAAAAGCUGGUGAAGGGAAAGUCACACUCUCAUCAAUUGCAGCAUCAGUUUCAUCUGCAAAGCAAGCUGGAAUUGAUACACAUGGGCUAAAUGUCAUCCUAAAAGUUGAUUUUCAGGGUACGAUUGAGGCCAUUAGGCAAGCUAUCCAGGUGCUACCACAAGAAAAUGUCUCUCUGAGGUUCCUACUUCAAGCUCCUGGUGAUGUGAGUGUUAGCGAUGUUGAUCUGGCUGUUGCUUCGGAAGGAAUUAUAUUUGGCUUUAAUGUCAGAGCUCCAGGAUCAGUUAAAAACUAUGCUAAGAAGAAAAGUGUUGAAAUUCGGUUGUACAAGGUGAUCUAUGAUUUGAUUGAUGAUUUGCGGAGUGCCAUGGAAGGUCUUCUUGAACCUGCUGAGGAGGAAGUACCAAUUGGUACUGCGAAGGUUCGAGCUGUUUUCAGUAGUGGGAGUGGCAAGGUAGCAGGUUGCAUGAUUACUACAGGAAAAGUUGUUCAAGAUUGCAAUGUCCGGGUCCUUCGUAAAGGGAAAGAAGUAUAUGUGGGCUCACUUGAUUCCUUGAGAAGGGUGAAAGAAACUGUUAAGGAGGUUGGUGCAGGGCUAGAGUGUGGUAUUGGGGUAGAUGACUUUGAUGAAUGGGAGGAAGGCGAUGUUGUAGAAGCAUUCAACACUGUAAAAAAGGCAAGAACCCUUGAGGAAGCCUCUGCAACCGUGACUGCUGCUCUUAAGGAUGCAGGCGUCCAGCUGUAGAAUUGGCGAUGAUCAUAUGCACUGAGCGGUUUAACAGCUAUAGCAGCCUGUGGCCAACAAUUUUUUGGCGACGAAGCUGGAGCGCAUUGGUCGAGCUGCUAAAGAAUCAUAAGCAUGUACUUGUACAGAAGCAAUGUUAUGCAGGCCAAUUCAUGGUGUCUGAACUCCAUGUCGCGCCUCCAGAGAGCUGCCUGCUGAAAAUUGGUGUACAUAGAAAAGAUGGGAUUAGCUGUUCUACCCUUUUUAGCUUUGCCUCUAACAAGUAGAUAAUGGAUGUGUCUAAUUUUGCGACUAUUGAUUUUUGACACGAGAUGUAACCUGCAACGGUGAUGCCAUCAUUGUUCAAUCAUCAUCCAUACACUUCAUAAUUGGUAAAAGAUGUAUUCUGUGGAGAACAUAUCAAUAAAGAAUUAAAAGGAGUGGGAAAGGAGUCUGCUCUCCUAAUGUGUUACAAA